CAGAUCAUCUACCAGGUGGCGUGAACAUCGUUUUCAAAAUGUCUGCGCACAUAAACGUUUUGUUAUGUUUUUGUUAUGAAACCUAGAAAUAGCCAGCAAUAUCUACUCUACCAAUUAGAGGAAACCAGCACGUAAUUUUGGAAGAGCUAUAAAAAUAACCAUGCCUAAAGUGAUUUCAAGAAGCAUUGUUGUUCAAGACUCUAAAGAUACUGAAGAAUAUGGUGAAAAACCAUUGCAUGUUUACUAUUGUUUGUGUGGAUCAAUGGCUCUUAUUCUUGACUGUUCAAUAGAUAAGUUGCCAAUGCGAAGAAGAGACAAUGCUCGAGUGAUAGAUGGCAGUAAGCAUGCUCAUAAACUCACAUGUGAUCAGGAUGAGACAGUUUACCUGAGGUGGCCUGAAGGUAUUGAAAAACAGCUAAGGAAAAAGUGCAACAGCUGUGGAUUAUUGCUAUACUACCAGCACCAGAAAGGCAGCAGUGUUACAUUUGUUGUCCAAGGAUCUCUCGUGAAAGCACCCGAGGGCGGAAUCAAAACUGAUAAAGCUGUUCAGCCACCCCCGAAAAAAGUGAUGAUGACCAAACACACAAAGAACAUGGGAAAGUUUAGCUCUGUCACUGUAUCUACUGUGGAAGCAGAAGAAGAGGAGAUUGAAGCUAGAGAAGUGGCAGAUUCAUAUGCGGCGAAUGCACGAGUUAUUGAAAAGCAGAUGGAGAGGAAGGGGCUUGUAAAGCGGAAAGCAAUGGAACAGGCACCAGUCAAGGAAGAAGUGAAGAAAAGCAGACCUAAAGGUACCCUCCUGGAUUAUAAGUGACUUGCUGAUCUGUAAGUUUGUAUAAUAUCAUUCCGUAUUGUCAUAUAUUUCAAUAUAACCAAGGUUUCCUAUCAUUAUAGAGAAUAGGUUCAUCAUUUAUGUAUGUGUUUGUAUAUAAUUUCUCACCUGUUUAUAGUGUAACUAAAAAUUUAGAGACAGUCAUCCAAUGAAUAUGCUAACUAUAACAAUUCUGUUUAAAUUAUCAUAAUUAUUCCAGAUAAUUUAUGAUUAGAAAUAGCCCAGACCAUUCUGAUGUGGUUGUACCUAUUCAGAGUAUAAGCACAAGUGAAGUGACAGAACACAUUGUUAAACAUAUAAGUUGUUUGCAAUUUUAUUUCUUACUAAAUAAACAAUAAGGAAGCACAUAAA